AUGCAAUCCUCUGGAUCUGAUCCUGUUGAGAACUUGACUGUUUUGAUAGGAAAUUUAGAGAUCUCAAUUUUUGCUCGAUACCGGGGUGCUGACCGGCAUCAAUCUCCUCCUCCAGUGACUUUGAUUUCAGCCUCCUCAACAACUACCUUGACAACCAGUGUGGCAGGACCUGAGCUUCCUCAGACCAGCUGGGACCGGGUGGAAAGUGCUGUGGAACUCCCAAAUCAUUUGGUGACGCGGAUUAUCCGUAGCACCACUCCUCACGAGUAUUCAUCCAUUCAAGUGGCUCAUUUGGAACCUUUGUUGGAUCGGCUUCGCAGUUCAGAUCAGGUGUGGACCCCGCACGCACGAUUGGUGCGUGCCUAUCGUGCUGGGCUUCUGGCACGUCGGUGGUUGGACGGUGAGUCGUCCGGUGAAGACAGUCCUGCUGUCCCCCUUCGAAACAGCUUCUACGUGGUUUUGAGGAGCCGGGACAACGGCCCUGCUUUCUGGACCAAACAUUACAACAUCUACGCAGCCGAGGUCUUUGUGUCCCGUGGCAUGGCCGCCCGAGAAGCUAUGAAUGCAUGGGAGAAGGGAGCUGUGCUCGAAGAAGCACAGCGCUCUGCCAGAGAUGGGAGCGUCCCCGUCAUUCACUAUGUGGUGGGCGAUCCGUCAGAUGGCAGCAAUACCAUAGCAGUUUGCUACCUGGUCUACGUCAGGCUGGGGGGUUUUAUGCUAGCAAUUCCGAAUUCAGAAGAUGUGCAAGCAAGCAUCGCUCAAUUGGCAGAUUUGGGAGAAGGCGAGCCGGCUUUCACUACCUCAGAGGUGGAAGUGGAAAGUACGCGCCAGCGCAGCCUGGGCGCAGUUACCAUGGGUUUGGUGGAUCUCCCUUGGGAACUUGUGGGCUAUUUCUCAAAGCCAGCCGCCCCAAGAAAUGUUUUGCCUCGUGGGGCCCAAGUGAUUCAACUGAAGGUGAACCGCUCCAUAGCUCGACCAGUUCGAGCCAGUUUGCUCGAAGCAGCAGACGCUUGGAUCGGGUCUGCAGGGAUGGAAGCCGAUACUGCACAGGAAUAUCUCACUGGCGAGGAAUGGCUGGACUCUCCAGCCCAUGCUCAGGAUCAGCUCGAUCCUGCCAGCGCUCCAGACGGCAGCGCUUCUCCUGCGGUGGUGCAGAAUCUACUGGCUCGAAUCGCCGAGUUGGAAGCUCAAGUGAAGACUUCAGUGGCGCCGAACUUGGGGAUGGCCCCUCGGCAACCAGGACCGGAGCAUGUCAAGUCUUCACCCUUGGUGCCGUUGGAUCAGGGCCAGACCUUGAGUGCCCAAGAAUGGGAUCGCAUCAAGAAGUUGGCUGGAGCUCCUCCUCCUCGAGUGGGAUCUGUAGAGCAGCGCAGAACGACCGUCUCCGCUCAGACUGGGUUGAUGGAUCAAGCUUUGGCCCUACAAGAGAAGGAAGCAGAGGAAGAUCCAGUGGGCAGCGACGACUUUGUCGCCCUGGUGGCUGCAUCGAAAGACCCGCUGCAGCAAAUGUUGGCAAUGCAGCUUCAGCAGAACCAGAUGUUGCUCAAGAAGCUUGUGCCCAAGCAGACGGAUCCUGUCUUAGGGGCCCUGUCCGGGUCCGGCUCGGACAGCGCUUCAGGAGGUGGCUCAAAUGUAAAGGGCUGUCUCGCCCGGGAGGCGUACCUCAAGGCUGUGAACGACCUCCCCAAGGUGGCCGCAGUUGCAAGGGCCAACGCUCUGAAGGAGUUAGGCUACACAAGCGAGAGAGACGAUGGAGCCCUGAUGAAGCGCUAUGUGGAGCGCAGGAUUCCUCUGGCCGAGUUUCGACAGCUCGCCUUGAUGGCGACCAUGCUUGCGGAAGCUUGGCAAGUCGGUCAUGCCAGCCAGAACUUCGAGCUCCUGGGCCUUGUGGCAAGGAUGUUGUUCUUUGUGGAACAGACGGCAUUGGAUGGUGGCAGAACUCAAUUGUCCUGGCUGCUGACGGGAUAUACGGAACCGUCGACCCACAUGCUGAUGACCUCAAAGAAGCGCCCAGGCCUCCAACCCUUUUCUCGCCUCUGCGCUCCGGCCUGGGUCUCGGGCAAUCUUGCCUAUCUCCGAGAUUUGGACUUCCUGGAAGCUCGCAUGGCGAGUGUGGGCAAACCUCCCAAGACCCUGACUUGGGACGACGAGCACGAUGCAAAGCCAAGUCCAAAACCCAAAGGCGCUCCCAAGUCGGGCGGCGGCAAAGGUGGCGUUGGACGGCUUCCUCAAAGCUAUCACCUCGUCGACGGAAGCGCCGGCGAGCUCAUGAGUGAGCCAAAUUUGAAUCCUCCUGAGCACAAUCCACAUCGUACCUGUGAGCAAGACAUGGAUGGCCGCACUGCUACAGUGCCCAUUUGCAGUGCCAAAGCCGUGACUUCGUCCCGUGUCAAAUGGGAAUAUCCGCCGUCUUUUCACGCUGCUGAGUUUCUAGGACCUGUUGUCAAAGAAGCCUUUUUGGACCCAGAAGUCCUCCGACUCCCGGCAGAUCAAUGGCCCCCAAGCAAACCUGCAAAAAUGCAUGUGAGUCGACAGGAGUUUCUAAAGCUGGUAGAACGCUGGGACCAACUAGGCAAGGGUCGAAAGCAAGAUGGAGUUUUUCACUUGUCAAGCCGUGCUCGUUCAGAACUGCAGUUGCUUGCAAUUCUCGGUCCAACAGCCCAAGCCGAUUUAAGAGUAGGCCAUUCCUCUAAGAUCUUUUGCACUGACGCGUCUCCCACUGGAGGCGCGGUUACGUUUGCCCAAAGCACUAGUCAAGCCACAGCCGAAAUUUGGCGUCAUUGUGAACAACGGGGUUUUUAUUCAAAGUUGCAGUCUCCAGUUUCAGUCAUCCUUGAAGAAAAGGGUUUUGAGCCUGCCAGCAAUGAGCAGUUCACACCUGACAUCGAGCAGUUUGUGGAUUUCAGCACACGCAACAUCCCAGCCCCUAUGUCUGAAGGGAUUAUCUUUGACUGUAUAGAACUGUUCCGUGGUAGUGGGAAUUGGUCCAGUGCACAUGAGCAGCGGGGCUUUAGAGUUCACCCUGGCAUCGAGCUUGAUGGCCGCUGCUUGCGCGUUGCUGACAUGGCUGACACUGCAGUGUUUCAUGAGUUAUCCUCCUUGGCUUUGCGCAGAGUUGUCAAGGAUUGGCAUGCGGGGACACCUUGUGUUAGCUUUGGUACUUUGCGGAAGCCUCAAGUUCGGUCAAAAGAAUUUCCAUCUGGUUUCAAUCCGGAUGAGCCAUUCACUAGGUAUCAUAACAUGUUGGCCCGCCGCACAGCCUUCAUUUUGACCAUUGCCGUCAUGUCAGGACAGUUCAUCAGUGUGGAACAACCUGGGAGCAGCCGGAUGUUUCUUUUGCACUGUUAUCAGGCAUGUAGGGGUAAAAUAGGCAGGAUCUCUCCCGAGGUCAAAGCUAGAUCUUUGAAAGAAGUGGGAUUGCCUGAGGCUUUUGAGCCUGCAACUUUUUGCACUGAGGACGUCUUUUCCAGUCGCCCUUGGUUUGAAGACCCGGAGUGGAUAGGAGAGAUUUGCAACAGUUUGCGAUUCCGAGAGAUGUUCCGGUAUCGCUUCAAGAAGUCGGGGCACAUCAAUGUGAAUGAAGCCCGAACCUACAAGUCAUUUUUGAAGGCAGCAGCAAAAACUGAGCCGGAUUCGAGACUGGUUGGAAUUUUGGACAGUCGCGUCACGAUUGGCGCAGCAGCCAAAGGGCGUUCGAGUUCAUUUGCAAUCAGCAGAAUUUUCCAGGGCUGCCUCCCUUAUAUCAUUGGAUCAGGCCUGUACCCUGGUUUGCUACAUUGUUAUUCAGACAUGAAUCGCAGUGAUGGACCUUCGCGAGACGGGCCAGUUGCUCCCCCUUCGCGAGCCAUUCCUUCGUGGUUUGAGGAUCUUGAGCAAGGCCGCACCGAAAAAUUUGAUGCGGUGGUAGCCUCUAGCUGUUUUUCAAAGAAUGCGGCGCGAUGGUUGAGGUUUCUGCUUUUGCUAGCUGGCGACAUCGAGCGAAACCCUGGUCCUAUGAGGGGACCCAUGGAUUUGAGCAUUGGAUUUGUCAAAGCUACCUCAGACCGUAUGACUAAGUGUCUGAAUGCCUUUUCAGUCUGGUUGCAAGAGCAUUUGAAGGUUUCUUCUGAAGCAGUCUUUUCCGAUAUGCAGGCUCUGGUUUGGAGCUUACGUGCCUAUGGCUUGUAUUGUUUCGAGCAAGGGCUUCCAAGAUACAUGUUUACGUAUGCCAUCACUGCUGCUCAGGAUCAGUUUCCAGCCUGUAAGCCUUUAAUGAAUGUUGCUUGGCAGAUCGAUCGAAAGUGGCAGUUUCACGAGCCCGGGGUUUGCCGUGCCGUACUCCCAGAAGUCAUCAUUAAAGCGAUAGCAUGCCUCUCAGCUCUAUGGGGUUGGAAGAACUGGACAGCUUUGUUUUUGCUCGGUUUUGCAGCUAUGUUGCAUCCUAGCGAGAUGCUGAACCUUUGCCGCCAGGAUUUGGUUUUUCCCAGUGAUCUGCAUUCUUCAACUUUUGCCAUGUACGUCCGAGUGCGUGAUCCGAAGACAGCUCGAUUUGCCCGAAGGCAACAUAGCAGGAUUGAUGAUUCUAGUGUGAUUCGAAUCGCUCAGGCCGUCUUUGGAAAUUUGCCAUUAUCUGCGCAGUUGUUUCCUGGGUCUAUGCAUGUUUUCCGGAGGCAGUGGAACUCCAUUAUGAGUCGCAUUGGCGUACCAUACAAACAAUCAGAACGUGGUGCGACCCCCGGUGUCUUGCGAGGAUCCGGAGCAACAUAUUUCUACUGCACUACCGAAAACUUGGCCUGGGUGGCUUGGCGUGGCAGAUGGUCCCGUUUGCGGACUUUAGAGUUUUAUUUGCAGGAAGUUGGCUCACAGAUGUUGAUCCAUGAGCUGGAUCCAUGGGCAAAAGCAAAGGUUUUUACGUUAGCUGAUGCGUGUCCCGCUGUUCUCUGGUCAACGUUUCUUGCAGAGCAGAAUUGCAGGAGUGGAAGUGGCUUGGAUCUCUGA